GCCAUCGAUAGAACUGCAGCCAAACCGCAGCAGAACAACAAAAAACAUUUGUUUCAUUUAUAAAAAUGGUUGCUGCUCGGUAUCAACGUCAAGCAUCCUCCGUUUAAACAGUUUAGAUAGCAACAAAUCAAUUGGCCUGUGUAGUCCCAGCCCUUGGGCCGGAUUGUGCAUUUAACCCUAACACAAUAUUGCAACAUUUUCACAGUUCAGGCCUUAACCCAUUUGGUUUGCAACGUGCCCCCAGGACUAGGACAUGGCUGAGCAGGACAGCAAGAAUAGUACACAGUGCGCCGUCUUUGACCAAACGCCUGGCUCACAACAAAAGAAAAUCAACAUCGUUGUGCGCUCCCAUUUUACGGUAAAGCACGUCAUUGCGCUGAUUGGCACACAGUUUGCCUAUGGCAAAUUCGAGCUGCUGCUACAGCCGCAUGGCGAGAAGGAUCUGGUUAAUUUGAAUGCGCUAGACAAGGAGCUGCUUUACGACGUGCCUGGCUUUGAGCCUCAGCUGAAGAAUAACCUGGUGCUGCUGCCAGAGGGCACCUGGGACGGCAAUGUGACCAAACGCUAUGAGUUGACCAUAAAAAAAUCCGCUUCGACUCUCAGCAAACAGGCAACUACCGCGGACAACAUGGCAACGACAACCGCAACGACAACAGCAACAAAAACCGGUGAGAAAAAGAAGCGGGUAACAACAGGCGAGAAAAAGAAAAAAUCGCCAAGCAAAACCAAGACUAGCGUUAGUCCCACUGAAUUGACAGCUGAGUCAGCGGCAACAGCAGCAGCAGCAUCAGCCACAGCGACGCCCACCACGCCCAGCAAGGUCAGCAUAAAAGUGAAAACCAAAGCCAGCGAUAACAAGAACAAUAUUGUGAAGAGCAAGGACCAAGUGGAUGAAAGCGUGCAGCUGCCAAAAGCGCCAAGUACCUGCGCCACAGACAUAGCUAUUGACGAACUAACCAAAGUUGAAAUAACCGAGCAGCUGAAGCAGCAGUUGCCACAAAACAGGAUCCUCAUUUCGCCCGUCGAUGAUGUAGCUCCUGAGUUAUUUAAUAUAAGUCCCGUCUCGGAAGCUGAACAACUGUCUGACGAUGAUUUGGCAUUGGGCGCCUCGGCCAGUCCCACUUUGAUGGGUCCAGCCUACGAAUUUGGCAACGCCGGACCCACAGAAAGCGAUCUGUUGGCUGGAACUGAAGCUGGCACCGAUGCACUAGCGGCCAUCGCUGGCAAUGAUAAAGUCGAAGAGGAUGAUAGACAGGAGAUGGAAUAUUCAAAUUUCUUUGGGCGCAAGUACGGCGGCGAUGAGGUGCCCGCCUGGCAGCGCAUCAAUACCAGCGCCUCAGAAUUUGUGGCCUCGGCCAAUACAGAAACAGAGACGCACCGAAAUGGUGUUGGGCCACGUGCAUAUGUGGGACUUGUCAAUCAGGCUAUGACCUGCUAUCUAAACAGUCUGCUGCAAGCGCUUUAUAUGACGCCCGAGUUUCGUAAUGCCUUGUACCGCUGGGAGUUUGACAACGACAACGAGGCCAAGAACAUACCCUACCAGUUGCAGAAGCUGUUUCUCAAUUUGCAGACAUCGCCGAAAUCAUCGGUGGAGACAACUGACUUGACGCGCAGCUUUGGCUGGGACUCAACGGAGGCCUGGCAACAGCAUGACAUCCAAGAGCUGUGCCGCGUCAUGUUCGAUGCACUGGAGCACAAGUUCAAGAACACAAAACAGGCCAAUCUCAUCUCGACGCUGUACGAGGGCAAAAUGAAUGAUUAUGUCAAGUGUUUGGAGUGCAAUACCGAAAAGACGCGCGAGGAUACCUUUCUUGACAUACCGCUACCGGUGCGUCCAUUUGGUAGUAGUUCCGCCUACGGUAGCAUCGAGGAGGCACUGCGCGCCUUUGUUCAGCCCGAAACUCUCGAUGGCAACAAUCAGUAUCUGUGCGAGAAAUGCAAAAAGAAAUGCGACGCCCACAAGGGACUGCACUUUAAGUCCUUCCCCUAUAUACUGACGCUGCAUCUUAAGCGCUUCGACUUUGACUAUCAGACCAUGCAUCGCAUCAAGCUGAAUGACAGGGUGACCUUCCCGCAAAAGCUGAAUCUGAACAGCUUUGUGAAUCGCAGCGGCCAGGGCGAGCAGUAUCAGAUGAAUGGCAGCAGCAAUGCAGACGAUUGCAGCACCGCGGACAGUGGCUCAGCCAUGGAGGAGGAUAACUUGAGCAGCGGUGUGGGAACAACGGCCAGUUCCAGUCAGCAUGAGAACGAUAUGAACGACGAGGACGAAGGCAUCGACAUGAGCAGCAGCACAGGCAAGAGCGCAAACAUGGAGGCACGACUCAAACAGGAGUUGCUAUCAGGUCCAUAUAUCUAUGACCUCUUUGCUAUCAUGAUACACUCGGGCAGCGCAUCAGGCGGUCAUUACUAUGCUUAUAUCAAGGAUUUUGAUAAUGAUGAAUGGUUCUGUUUCAAUGAUCAAAAUGUGUCCACGAUCACACAAGAGGACAUCCAGCGUUCAUUUGGCGGGCCCAAUGGCAGCUACUAUUCAAGUGCUUAUACGUCCAGCACGAAUGCGUAUAUGCUCAUGUAUCGCCAGGUGGACGCCAAGCGUAACGAGCUUGUGGUCAAGUGUAACGACUUUCCGGAACACAUCAAGUCGCUGCUUCUCAAGCUGCAUGCGGAGGAAGAUACGCGCGUUUCGCGCCUGGGUAGACACAUCACAGUAACAGAUCUGGCACUGCCGCAUCUAUACAAACCGCGCGUCUACUUUUAUAAUCCGUUGCUCAAGAAACUAAAGAUGACCCGCGUGUAUCUGUCGCAGAGUUUCGAUGUGAAUAAAGUGCUGAUGUCUGCCUAUGAUAUGCUCAAUGUGGAGCAGUUUGCGCCGCUGUCACGCUGCCGUCUGGUUGCCUACAAUUCAUCCAUGGACACCAUCAUACAGUCGCUGGAGAAUUGCACUGACCCGGCACUAACCGAGCUGCGUUCCUCACAUAACUACAAUCUGGACUUUUUGCUGGAGUACCGGGCUGAGGAUCAGCAGUUUGAAAACUAUGCCAGCGAUGGCACUACGUGGUAUGUGUUUAAGGUAGAUCUCUCGACCAUGGCGAUGGACGGUCCCUUCCUGGUUUAUUCAGCAGCGCGGGAGUCUAGCGACGUUCUGCGCCAUUCAAUUGCAGUACGUUUGCACAUUAACGAGCAGCAGUUUUUGCUGGCCGCCGUGCGUGGCACUUACCGCAUGGCCUUUGUAGCGUACGAUCCCCAACCGACAUCGGAGGCACAGCAACAUCUUCAGCAACUGGCUAACUCACAAUUCAAAUACAUCACAUACUUUUACUUAAACGUGCCUAACACCGAUGCCACCAGUCUCGAGAUGUUGGGCGUGCCCAGCAGCGAGCCCAUUGCAGCUCCCAUCGAGCCCGCCAAUGGCUGCGCCGGUGGUGAUGUAGUGGAUGCUGCCAUGAUGAAUGGUAUUAACGGCACAAACGGCACGGCUACGCCCGAGGGUGUCAGCGCCGGCAAUAACGACUGUGAUUGGCGUCGCUAUAAGCGCGAUCAGGCUGAUUCGCUUACGACACCCGGCCAUGAAUCCAACUCAGAGGAUAGUAGCCUGAGUGAUGGUGAUCGUACACUGGUUGAGAACAGUAUGCAGCAUCGUGGCGGCGGCGAUAGUCAGGUGAGCUCCACCAGCCACUCACCACAGCUGUCCAGUCCUGAGGAUGAGGCCGCCUCACAUGACGCCAUGAUGCGUGUUCACGCCUAUUGCAAUGGCAACGGCAGCUAUGGCAGCGAGGCGGGCGACACCAGCUCCCUGCCACCUAGCACAACAACACAAUUUUUCCAUGCCAUCAAAAUUGAUUGCGUGGAUCUGGCCACCAGUAGCAGCACCACCAGUGGCCACCAAUCCGAUGACGAGGCGCAACUGCGUAAGCCCACACACGCUUAUAAGCUUCUUGUAGGCAAGCAUAUGCGUAUGGGCACCUUUAAGCGGCACAUCGAGCAGUUGAUACGCGUCCCCAGCGCCUAUUUUAAGCUACAGCGAAAGCAUGAGAGCACCAUAUCCAAUAACCAGACCAAUACGCUGGUCUUUCUAAAUGAAGGCGAAACUCUGACCGUAGAGAUCGGUAAAACACUGCAACCGUACGAGUUCAAGUCUAAGAUAUACUUUUUGCGGCUGGCGGAUUUAAACAAUGAGACCGCCAAGCUGCCCUGCGUCUGUGAGUGGGUGUAUAAUGCCACCACUACAGUGGAGCAGGCCAAACAGGAUCUGGUCGCCAAGCUGCAUCGCAUCGAUGCCAAAUACAGCUCCCUUACCGUGGACAAUUGUCGCAUCUGGCUAAAGGGCGGUCGGUGUCCCACUAAAAUACUCGCUAACGAGGAUACACUGUACUGCGACAUUCGCUCCACGGCUGCCGAGUUCAUUGUGCAAGAGUGUGAGGAGGGCGUGGUGGCGCAGCCAAAGGAAGAUUCGUUAACCAUAUUCGUGCGUCGCUGGUAUCCGGAUAAAUGGGAGUUUGGCAAAUUCCAGGAAAUCACAUUGGACAAGGAUGGCGAAAUCAAAAGAUGUUUAUCACAAAUAUGCAACAUACCUAUUGAUCGCUUGAGUUAUAUGAAGCUAAACAGCUACUUUCCCUGCACAAGCAUAUCGGCAGUUAGCGUUAACGAGGCCGUCAACUGGCUCUCUGUGCCCGCGGCGCUGGACGUGUAUCCAUUGAACACAACUAACAGUGGCAACAUGUAUUUGUAUAAAGAUAAAAGCGUGCCGGUGCGAGAGCUCUCGUCAGAUGAGCGCCGCUCGUUAACCAAUAAGGAGAAGGCGCGCCUGGAUCGAUUGGGCUGCAUUUCAACGACACGUUACUCGCAGCGGCGCGAACGAGCCCUAAAGAUCUACUUGGACUCGCCAGAGAAACCAAGCAAUGUAACUGCCUCGGCGCCCAUAGACGCACAUGCCGAGAACUAAUGGCCCAAACGGCACCAGCAAAAACGUUGUCGUUGUACCCUUCCCCCGUUCCCUUGCUGGCUGUAGACUCGCUUGUUGCAUAAUCGGACCCGCAAAUACAUACCACAUGUAUUUCAACUAACCAAACGCAAUCGAUUCAAAUCUACGAUUCUGUCGACUGCGCCUCUGUCCGUUUUGUUUGCACAUUUUAUUCUCAUAUCCCGUGUGCUGCACGCUGCUCGCUCUCAUAAUUCACAAUUUGAUAUGUAA